AUGGGCGGGAAUAGAUGUAAGCACGGGGAUGGCCUUUGGCUCUGUUUCGAGUUCAAUAUGAACUAUUCACAGGUUAUAAUCGGUGUUUUUAAGAUUUCUAUCUAUGGGAGGUCUGGUAUGUGCCUCAGGUUCAGCUGGAGCGUCAGGAUUCAAAAGUCGACCAUGGUUCUGCUUUUGCUUGGGAUAACUAAGAGGAUAGGCAUAACUUGGUUUCUAGGGGAACACUACGGCAAGGUAAUGAGGUCUCCGAGAGGUUGUGUAAUUCAUUUAAUAUUAAAGGCUUGUUGUAUUGAGUGUAUGUCUGUUCCGGUUGCUAUUGGUUCCUGUCAUUGGACUCUGAUUGAGACGUGA